UCAUUAAAGUCCCAUAUGUCUUGUGCUGAGAAGAAGCUGGUUUGGAGUUUCAUACAAAAACUACUGAUGAUGAACUACAGAGCAAAAUACAAUAAUGUUAAAGAUACCAAUGAACAACAUCACAUGCAACAAAGAGACAUUGAAUCAUCUGAAGACAAAAGUGAUAAUCUGAAAGAAAUGUCUUUGUCUAAUAAAGGAACAAGUCAUUCUGAGCGAAUCCACCCGAUGGAUAUUCAGAUGGCUGUGUUUCAUUGUGCUGAUGGUUUCCUGAAGCAGCUAAUGGUGACUAAACUGUCCCACUGUCAGUACGCUCUGCCUUUGCUUGUUCCUGAUCCAUUCACACGACAGAUUGAGUUUCCUCUCUGGACAUUCGGACAAAUCAACAAGAGCUGGAAGAUGAGAAACAACAGCAAUGAAACGAUCAGUCAAACCCAGCCGAUCUACAAGGCAGAAACUCCAAUGGUGUUUUUCUUCAGGUUUGGCUCUGUGUCUUCAUCCAAGUCUCAGCUGAUGAACAGUUUGAUCAAUGAGAAACACAACACGUUCUUCCACAGGAACUGCCCAGGCAGCAGCAGCACCAGAGUCCUGAUGGAUGGAGUGGUGGAGAUCGCCUGGUUCUGUCCCUCUGGAACAUAUGAUGAUAAAUUCACUGACUGUGUUGCGUUCUGUAAUCUACACGGUGAUGCAGGAGACCAUGAGAAACAGCUGCAGAUCCUCACUGAAAUGGCCUCAGUCAAUGUUGUUCUUCUACCUGAACUUCACAGAAAUGACAGACAUGCAGCAAAGAUCCAAAGCCUGUUCAGAAACAGAAAGCCCCUCAUUUGUCUUCUUACUGAGGAUGAAUCUACUGUAACUGAGAUGAAUAAUGGAAAAUUAAAAAUUGGUUUGAAAUACAGAAGUCAGGCAGAUGUAUCUGAAGAACUCAGAAGAGCUAUAAAUGAGUGUCUCUCAGAAUCAUCUUUCACUUUCAGACUCGAAGAUGUGUCCAGACACUCAGACAUCAGAGUAGAUGAGGAAGAUGAUGAUGACUGCAGGAGAGGAAGAGCAGCAGCACAGCAGAUGAUGAGUUUACUGGAGAAGAAAGAUCUGACAGAAAUCAAAGAAUCAUUUCUGCCUCAUCAGGGGAAACUGUGGCAUCAGUGGAGUCAGAAGAACAAGGAACUACAUCGACCUCGAGCAUAUGAGACAGAAACGGACAUAAGCAGAAAACAUAUAGAACUAAAGAAAAUCCGUGAACAACAGCAUAUAUCUAAAAUCAGCGAGUUUAUGAAGUUUUUUAUUAAAGAAAUGAAUUCAGAAGCUGCAAAUAAGGUGUAUUUCUUCAAGUGGCUCAGAAUCCUCCUGGAUGAACGUAGAUCAGCUGAUCUUUCUGCUCUACAUCACAAGUGGUCAGCAGUUGUAAAAUCGAAAGAGAAUCAUGAUGAAUCUGAACAACUCAUAGCAGAACAAACAGAACUUGAGAAGAUAUCUGAGGAGCUUCAAGCUGCAACCUUUGGUGUGGAGCACAUCAUGAGGGAGAUCGGUCAGAUCUAUGAAUCAUGUUCAUCUGUGAAGAAAAACAAGAAAGACCUGCAGUUUCCCUUCUCUUCUCUCUCGAGUCUUGCAGCAGAGAUGAUGAUCUCUGGAUUUCCACUGGAGCUGAUGGAUGGAGAUGCUGCUCAUGUUCCUCUGAUCUGGAUCUCUGCUGUUCUAGAUGAACUCAUCCAGAAACUAGGAGACCAGAGAGUCUUUGUGCUGUCAGUUUUAGGGAUUCAGAGCUCUGGGAAAUCCACCAUGCUGAAUGCCAUGUUUAGACUGCAGUUUGCCGUCAGUGCUGGCAGAACAACCAGAGGAGCUUUCAUGCAGCUGGUCAGAGUCUCAGACGAGAUGAAAACACAGAUGAACUUUGACUAUAUUCUGGUUGUUAAUAAUGAGGGUCUUCGUGCUCUAGAACAUGCUGGAAAAUCAAUAAGAGAUCAUGACAAUGAAUUGGCCACAUUUGUUGUUGGUCUUGCAAAUCUGACCUUGAUCAAUAUAUUUGGAGAAAACCCAUCUGAGAUGCAGGACAUUCUUCAGAUUGUUGUUCAGGCCUUCAUGAGGAUGAAGAAGGUCAGACUGAAUCCCAGUUGUGUGUUUGUGCAUCAGAACAUUUCAGAGAAAAACGUCACAGCUGGAGAGAAAAACAUGGAGGGGAGGAGACGACUGCAAGAGACACUGAAUGAGAUGACAAAACUCGCUGCUAAGGAGGAAGUUUAUGAUGCAGGAUGUUUCAGUGAUGUCAUUAGAUUUGAUGUUCAGAAUGAUGUGAAGUAUUUUGCUCAGCUCUGGGAGGGCAGCCCACCAAUGGCACCACCAAACCCAAACUACUGUGAAAACAUUCAAGAACUAAAGAAAUCCAUUCUUUCUCAUGCCGCAAAAUCACAUGGAAUGACACUGAAAGGCUUAAAAGAUCGUACUAAAUAUCUCUGGGAGGCUUUACUGAAUGAAAAAUUUGUCUUCACAUUCAGGAAUUCUCUGGAGAUUUCAGCCUACAGGAAACUGGAGACCGAAUACAGCAAGUGGACCUGGAGUCUUCGCAGUGCCAUGAUGGAGACUAAGAACAAACUAUACAACAAAAUAGAAAAUGAAGCAAGUUAUGAGGAAACUGAUGUUCGAAGAGAACUGAAGAUGACAAGUGAGGAUGUGAAAAAAUCAAUGUCUGAAUUAUUUGAGAAAGACAAAGAUAAAGUUUUACUAAUCCACUUGAAACCAUCAUUUGACAUUAAAAUCAAAGAACUUCAGGGAAACAUUGUAAGAGAAACAAAGAAGAAGUUAAAUGAGAAAUACUGUCAUGGAGCAACAUCAGCUGCCAUUUUUGGCAAGAACAUCUGUCAGAAACUUAAAGAGCCCAUCGAGCAGAGUGUCUACAAGAAGACAGCCAGAGAUUUAGCAGCUGAAAUGAGAACAGAAUGUGCAUCACUGAAUGGAAACAGAUCAAAUCUGGAGAAGCACAUCCUGGAAACACUGGCAGAAGAAGAGGAUUUGGAGAAAUACAUUGACUACUUUAAUAAUCCCAGAGAUCACUUCAAGAGUUUCAUCAGAGAUGAAGUCAGUAUAUACAUCACUGAUCAGUUCAGUGUCAGUGUUUUACCCAAGAUGAAGGAGAACAUUGAACUCCUGCAGCAGAAGAUCAUGAAAGCAGCACAUGAAUCUACUGAACACGUUCAAGUCAACAGUGGAGAUGUUGGUUUGUGGUUGAAGAGUUUCUCACAGCAGCUCUCAGAUGAGCUGAUCUUCUCUGAAAAAGACCUCAGUGGAGUCAAACAUGAUGAUGCUGAUGUUGAUUUUAAAUUCCUAGAAGAUGUGAUUAGAAAAGAACUUAGUGCCAUAACAUCUGACAUCAGCAACACUCAUACAUAUAAUACAAAACUGGAUGUCAAGUUCAGACCAGAUGAGCUUCUGAUUGAUCACCUCUGUCAGUGCUGUUGGGUUCAGUGUCCGUUCUGUGGAGCCACCUGCACCAACACCAGAGAAAACCAUGAUGGAGAUCACAGUGUUCCUUUCCACAGACUCAUUGGAAUUAAUGGAAACCGUUGCUUUCUAUCACAGAAUUUCUGUGUUGAUAUUUGCACAAAUUUAGUGGCAAGUGAUAAAGACUUUCUUACAUUAGGUGGAUUGUUUCCAUAUAAAGAAUACAGAAAAGCAGGAGGAGUUUAUGCAAAGUGGAGCAUCACUCCUGACUGCUUUGAGCUGCCAUACUGGAAGUGGUUCGUUUGCAGAUUUCAGAAAGAUCUGGGAAAUCACUACAAGAAAAAAUGUGUGGGAAACGGCGAGAUUCCAGAUCAGUGGAAAAAGCUCAGAAAACAGGAUGCUAUUGAGAGUUUGGAUAAAUACUUUAAAAAAAUGUAAAGUAACAGAGCAGAAUAAAACCAAUUUUAAGCCACUUACUUG